AUGAAAGCAAUAGAAAUAUUUUAAUAUUUUAUACAAUUUUUAUAUUUUUUAUACGUUUUUUACAACUUUUAUAAUUGUGUUUUUGCAUCCUUUUAUAAACUGCAGUUUUGAUUAAAUCACAUUUAGAUCAAAAUUAUACAAAAUGACUUCAAUAGAAAAAAGCCUGAAAAAUCGUUUCAACAAACCAAAGAAAACUAAAACUUCAACGACAAGAGUUACAGGAAAAGCCAGUAAAACAAUUAAAAUAUCGGGAACCAAAAAAGUGAUUUUGGAAACCAAUAAACAGGGCAUAGAAUUACAUAGAAAAUCAUAUGACACAACCAAUGCAUCAGCGGAGGCGUUAGUAAAUGGCAUUAAUUCAACUGACACAUCCAAAAUAGAGCCCAAAAUUAACCGAUUAUUAGAUAAAUUUGCAAACGACGAUGAUUUGCAAAACGCUAUAGCUGAAAUUGAAUCUAGUGGAUCAUCUUCAGUAUCAGAGGACAGUCCAGAAUCAGAAGAGGAGCAAAAAGAUCUUGUGGAUAUUAUAGAAAAGCCAGAGAAAUUUUUAGAAUUUGGAAUAAUUUCUGAUGACGAAUCAUUGAUUGAGGAAGAAUCGUAUUAUACUAAACAAAAUAAGUUGGAAAAUGAAUUAGACGUAUUAGGUAUGUUCGAAGAUGUACCACAGCUGGAUGAAAUUUCGCUAGCAAUGACUGAUGAUUUGGUAGUUAAACUGCCAAUAGCUAUAGAAAUCGAUUCAAAUGCUUCCACAGAUGUAGGCAAAUUUGUCAAUCCUUUAACUGGUGUAAAGUCUUCAUCUUCAACGUUAAGCACAAUAUCCAAAAAGGAUAAUGAUUAUUCCAGCACAGAUGAGAGUAAAUCACUAGAAAACGACAAAGAGGAUAAAGAAGAACAAGGAUUCAAAAGUGAUACUUCUUAUGAAGAUGAGUUUGAAAAAGAUAUUGUUGAUACAGCUGAUAUUUUAGAGGAUGUUAAUGACCCUGUCAAAGAUGCUGAUGAAAUUUUCCAACAAUUUCUGGAAAAAGAAAAGGAAAUAGAAGCAGUGGUCUCAGAUGAAUAUAAUGCAGCUAAGAUUGCUUUAAUAAGUGAAGAACAUCAGCGUCAAAUACAGCAACACACUUUGGAAUUUCUGAAUAAAUUAAUCGAUCACUGUGUAGCCAAAUCCGACUACAUAAAUGCUGACAUGAUAUUACGGAAAUCUUUAGAUAAAAGAAAACUAAUAAACGAACUUAAAGCAACAUAUGAUUUGCUGGAGAUGGAAAGACGAGGAACCCAAUUUCUCAAUCGUAAAUGUGUCGAAUAUUUCAAACGUAAAUCCUGUCUUCGGGUAAUUUCACCUGACGAUCCCAAGACUUUAAAAAGUGAUAGUUUAAAUUACUAUAAUGCUCUUGAUAAUUUAGACAAAUGGUUAAUUAGAAAAGAGAAAAUGAAAAGUCUAUGCUCAAAUCAGGUUCUUGAAGCAAGAGAUCAAUUCAAAGAAGCCGAACAACAAUCUAAUGAAAAAGUUUAUCAGCUCGAACAGCUGGUUAAGACAACAUUUCAGCUUGAAAAUUAUGAUAAAUUGCAGACAUUUGUGAUUAAUACUUUGUCUAAAAUGGCUGCGAUCAGGAAGGAAAUUUCGAAAGUUCGUUUUCAACUUUUACUAAAACAACAUCAAGUGUCUGCGCUGCAAAAGCAAAGGACAAAUUUAGAAGAUUUAGGCAAUGGCCUUAAUUUAACGCAAUAUGAAACCAUGGAAACGGAAACGAAUGUGUUAAGUAAAAAACUUGAAGAACGUAAUUCUGCUCUCAAAAAGCUCCACGAUCAUUUCAAUUUCGAUUUGCACAACAUGGCCCAUUUGCAAGAGAAACAAAAAAUGUUGCGACAGAUUGUAACCGUACAAAAAGAAUAUUUAGAAGAAGUAAAAGAGGAAAAGAAACAGUUUCGAAAAUUUGUGUUUCAACUUAAAGUAAAACGCCAGCAAUUAAGGUCUGAUAUACGUAAUGCGAGCUUCCAAAGUGGCCUACUGGAUAAACCGGUGCUAAUGAAGGACUAUGAUGAAACGGUGGAAACGGCAAAUAAACUACGACAAACUAUUGAAGAUUUAAAAUGUACUAUUGCAGGUUUAAAUACUAAAAUCUCUGCUUUAAAAGAAAUUUAAAGAAAAUCAUUUGCUGUAGUGAUAAUAGAUUUAUUGAACCAAUAAUUACCAAUUCCGAUUAAUAAGCGAUAAAAUUUGUAAAUUAUUUUAAUAGAAAUAAAUCAAAAA